UUUAUCGUGCUAAAACUAUUAUAUCCUAUAAGUGACACAUUUUUUUAUUCUAAGGGAAAGAUUUUGCCGGUAUAUGAGACAUCUUUGCGGUAUAAUAAAGCGGUUCAGGUGCGUCAUUUUUCCACUGCGUAAAAGGUGAAGGCGAAGUGUUGCCUUUUCGGGUGUAAGUCAUUUCAGUUUUGUGGUCUUGCGUGUAUACCUGCAGGUCAAGGUGGACCUGUGUGUUUUUUAGACCGGGUUUGAAGGACGGACAGCUGUAUUUACUGACGUAUGUAAAUGAAUAUAGGAGGGGAGGUCCUUGGGGCUAAAAAAAAAACACACUGAAUCAGUUUCACAUUGCAGCUCCGGAGAGUUCCUGCGUGGAAGGAAAAAAAAAACGAGACGUGGCGAAAAAUCUGCCUGGUCUGUCUAACAUCAUAUCGGAGUUGUUCCCAGUUCAUCAGAUCCUCCAACAGCCUCGGCGGUGCAUGAAUCAGAAUCAGAAUUAGAAUUAGAAUCAGAAUCAGAAUCGUGUUUAUUGCCAGGUAUAAAGAGCUCAGCAAACCAUGCAGGAUGAUUUACUGAUGGACAAAAACAAAGCCCAGCCUCACCAUCAGCAAGAUCCCACGCAAGUAGACCCUCCUCUCUCCACCUCCACAUCGGAGCCCACUUCUUCUUCUUCUUCAUCGGAGUCGGAGAGCCCGUCGACCGGGUGCAACCAAGCAGCAGCAGCAGCAGCAGCAGCAGUGCUGAGCAGCAGCAGCAGGAAGGACAAAGUGCCGAUGGAGUCGCCGAUCCUGCCCGGGUUGAGCUUCCACCACCAGCCGCAGCAGCAGCAGGAGACCGGCGGUCCACUCUCCUCGCCGUCCUCCUCCUCUUUUGGGAGCACUUGGUCCACCGGGACGACUACAAACGCCGCCGUGGAUGACAGCUUUUUCCAGGGAAUACCCUCCGUGAACGGCACGAUGCUUUUCCAGAACUUCCCCCACCAUGUCAACCCGGUGUUCGGGGGUAAUUUCUCCCCUCAGAUGGGUCUGGCUCCCCAGCAGCAGCAGCAGCAGCAGUCCCAGCAGCAGCAGCAGCAGCAGCAGAGGCGGUCCCCAGUCAGCCCGAGCCAGGGGCCCUUUCCCCAUCAGAGAAACGCUUAUCAGACCAUCAUGAACAACAGCAGCAAGGUGUCGUCCACUUCUUCUUCUUCUGCCUCAUCGUCCGCUUGGAAUAAUCACCAGAACGCAGCGUGGAGCACUGCUGCAGCCUCCAACCCCUGGAGCGGGCUGCAGGCGGGCAGGGACCCGCGCAGAGCGGUGGGCGUCGGGGUCGGGGUCGGGGUCGGAGUCGGUGUCGGGGUGCCGUCUCCACUGAACCCCAUCUCACCCAUGAAAAAGCCCUACACCAGCAAUGUUAUAGCACCCCCCAAGUUCCCGAGACCUGGUCCCCUCGCACCCAAGCCCUGGAUGGAGGAGAGCGCCUUCAGGACUGACAACAGCAACAACAUACUGCCUUUCCAGGACCGGAAUCGGCCCUUUGAUGCUUUUAGCUUGCACUCUUUGGAGAAUUCCUUAAUGGAUAUGAUAAGGACUGACCAUGACAAAGGUAAACUGCACCCUGCCGGUGGCCCACCAAUGACUAUCGCUGAUAUUAUAUGGAGGAAUCAUUUUGCAGGACGCAUGGGCCUCAACUUUCAUCAUCCUGGAGCAGAGCACAUAAUGCCAUUAAAUACCCGGAGCUAUGGCCGCAGAAGAGGUCGUUCCUGUCUUUUUCCCUUUGAGGAUGGUUUCCUCGACGACGGUCACGGUGACCCCUCCUUGACCCCGGGCCUGAACUCGCCUACCCGCUGUCAGAACGGAGAGAGGAUGGAGCGCUACUCCAGGAAGGUCUUUGUCGGAGGCCUCCCCCCUGACAUAGAUGAAGAUGAAAUCACCAACAGUUUCCGUCGCUACGGGCACCUGGUGGUAGACUGGCCCCACAAAGCUGAGAGCAAAUCCUACUUCCCACCUAAAGGCUACGCCUUCCUGCUCUUCCAGGAAGAGACUUCAGUCCAGGCCUUGAUCGACGCCUGCAUCGAGGAGGACGGGAAGCUCUACCUGUGUGUGUCCAGUCCCACCAUCAAAGACAAACCGGUCCAGAUCCGUCCCUGGAACCUGAGCGACAGCGACUUCGUCAUGGACGGCUCCCAGCCUCUGGACCCCCGCAAAACCAUCUUUGUAGGGGGGGUGCCGCGGCCCCUGCGUGCAGUGGAGCUGGCUAUGAUCAUGGACCGGCUGUACGGAGGUGUUUGCUACGCUGGCAUCGACACCGACCCGGAGCUCAAAUAUCCAAAGGGAGCCGGCCGCGUGGCCUUCUCCAAUCAGCAGAGCUACAUCGCUGCCAUCAGCGCUCGCUUCGUUCAGCUGCAGCACAAUGACAUCGACAAAAGGGUGGAGGUGAAGCCGUACGUCCUGGACGACCAGAUGUGUGAUGAGUGCCAGGGGGCACGCUGCGGGGGGAAGUUCGCCCCCUUCUUCUGUGCCAACGUCACCUGCCUGCAGUACUACUGCGAGUACUGCUGGGCCAGCAUCCACUCGCGAGCCGGCCGAGAGUUUCACAAGCCACUGGUGAAGGAGGGGGGCGACCGCCCUCGACACGUGUCCUUCCGCUGGAGCUGAGGGGGGGUCACGAGUCAGCCCUGCCCCGGUGAACCCACACCCGACCCCUAAAAAAACCCUACCGCGCCCCCUCCCACCCUACAGGCCGGGACAGCGCUGGAAACCCCCCCACAGCCCCACCGACUACUCCACCCUGCCCCCCACAAACACCUCAUGAAAAAAGCAAACCGUCAAACACACGGGACUUUCUUCAUCCCACACGGCUCUGAACUCUACGGUUCCCCUCUGAUGAAGCAUUGUGGGGAAAUGAAAUGCGAAAGUCUAUCAGCUUAGAAUUUGCACUUUGGCACAAAAUCUCACUAAACAAACACACACAGGAUGGCAUGUUCGACACUUUCAGUUGUGUUGACUGGGUGGUGUGGUACGUCCUGUUGGACCCCUCCUUACUGAGACAGAGGUGGGACCAUACAAAUAUUUAAAAAAGUAUAUAUUUUUUUGUUUUGUACCUAUCUAUACAUAUAGAUAAUUUAAAUUUUAUGUAAAAGGAGCAUGCACUUAUUUUCAAAAGCUGUAGUUAUAUUGCCCCUACUAAAAAAAAACAAUAAUUACCAAAGGCAAAUUAAUGCAUACAGAAAAAGGUGGCAUAAGAUGUAGCAACUUAACAGCUAUCCAGUAGUGUGGGCCCGUAUCGCCCCGGAAUAAAAAUAACACGGCUCUCAAUUUUGACUCUGGAAAUAUUAAUACCUCAUACGUGCAAUCAGAUUAGUUUGCUUUUGAUUUCUAGGUCUUUAUUUUUAUAAUAACAUUAUUUUUUAGUGUUAUGUAAAUGUAAUGCUGCAAUAGCUUUGCUGCUAAAUCCAUGGUAUAAACAGAUACCAUAUUAUUCAGGCUAGGGUGUAAAAUAAUAACCGAUCAAGAGAAGCACCCGGUGUCGUAGAAUGACGAGCUAUCACAGGGGGGGAGGGGGCGCCCCUAGACGACGAUGGCUACCUUUUGUGGGGGUCGGGGUGGGUCGCCCCUAACUGCAUGUUUAUUUCAAUCAGGUUGCUGCAUGCAAUAGACUUUUCAGUAUCAUGUCUACUAUUCGAUUCUGCCCAUGUUUGCACAACACACUAUAGACGUACGUUCGACUCGCACGAAACUGGACAGAAACAGGGAGGGCUGGUCACGGCGGCUCCACGUCGUCGGUCGGGCUGACGAGGCCACGCCACGGGGCGGCCAGAGCAGACGGUUCCUGCACAAACGGGCAGCGAACACAUCAAACCUUAAUAAUCACAAAUUAAAUGUAGGAUUACCAUUUAAAAACUGUCUAUGAUAGGUGAAGUACUUUUUUGCAGUGAUUGUUGAUAUAAUUGUGCAAUUUUUUAUACCGUAUGUAGUUAGGUCUGAGUAUGCCUAGAACUGUGAUUCGCUUUAAAUGUCGUCAAUGUCCGACAUAGAAGUCCUGUGAAACUUCAUAACUAGUGUAUGCACACGUAUAUAUGUUCUCUUGUACACACACACUUGCACCAGUAUACACAGAAGCCUCUCGACACACACAUAAACACACACACACACACACACACACACACACACACACAUGGACGGCUGUCUUUCAUACGCACACAAACAGGCCUACAAACACACAGAGUCUGAUCUGAAGAGACAACAAUGUGAGCUUAAACUCUUUAAUUUGUUCCACCGUUUGACGAAAGCGCACGUUUUACGUCUCAGAACGCAACCAAAGAGCUCACGUGUUCGACUUUUAACCACCUUAACACGCAGAGCGAACGGGCCACCUGCAGCUCGCGCGGCCUCCCGCAGAGAGGAGCUGGAGGUGCAGUCGGUUAAAUGAGGAAAAUUUUAGGAGGAAGAAUCGGGGUGGGUGGGAUGAAAUGAAGCUACUGGAGACUUGAGGUUGAUAAACUGAGCUCUGCACAUGCUCUCACUACAUGGCUGGGGCGGGUGGGAACGGGGGAAACGACAUCGCCAGAUGUGCAAGCUGGGGUUAUUUAUCCAGAUUUUUUUUUCCUGCAAAGCUUGAAGUAAUGGACCUGCUAAAAAAAUGGUGGACAUAUAUAUCUUAUCAAAAAAGGUUAUGGUGCGCAGUUCAAAUAGGAUUGGGUGGGUGGGUAGAAACAAGUAUUGGCUGCUGAAGACAGGGCGGCUAGGGGGUUGGGGUGGGGGGGCCAAGUUACACUGGUUUUAGCAGUUUUGUGGACAAUCCGAACGGGGUCCUACAUCAUUGCAAGUUAAUGUGUGUCGUCCCCUUAUUAUUUCUUUUUGUCCGUGAGUUGUGAUUGUCCCGUGCUGGCGCCCCGCAGUCCCUUUCCUCUUUCUCGUUUUAGUCGCAAACUGUUUUAUUUUGCUUUAAAAUAGAUGUUUUUGUUGUCCAAGAAAAAACUAAUUGAAACUAAGCUGAAGAUUUUUUACUGAUAGAAAACAAAAAGACUUAAAAAAGAAGAAGAAGAAGAAGAGGCUAACCAUGAGUAAUAAUAAGUAUCCCUAUGAAAGUGAAUUCUGGGUGUUUUUGUGACAUUUCUUUCCCCACCCAGACAGGUUUUCUAUGUUUGUUCCUUCUCUAUGAUAGAUAUUUGUUAUGCACUACUCUUUGUAUCUGAACAGUUUUCGACGGUCAGCAGUUCUUUUUGUUAAAAGACAAAAAAAACAAAGGCGACAAAGCGUGCUUUCUGACUGACAAGAUCUUUUGCAAUACCUCAAUUUUGAAAUAUAUUAGGAGAGAAACUGAUAUUUUCUAAGUAAGUUUAUUCAGAUGAAAAAAAUAUAUAUUAAUUUAAUUCUUCAAGAGAAAUGAUUUAACAGAUGGUUGAUUUUUUUAUUUUUAUCAUGCUUAUUUGCUUUUAUUUUAAGAAUUUAUUUUUUUGAAAAAACGACGACAACUGAAGGAGCUAGAGCUUUAUAACUAAUAUAAUGACGUAGUUAGCGAGAGUACGGUCUGCUUUAUUACAGUGGACGUUAGCGUUCCCACUGGUUAAAUUGGUCGAAACAACAGAGAAGAGCUCUUUAGGAAAAACUAUCUGGUGCUCAGAGAGAAAACUGAACAUAUUUCCCACGUUUUUGUAUAUUUAUAAUCAAUCAUUUACUAUGCUGACCAGAGUUGUGAAAGAGAUCUUCUGUUCAUUAUUUUUUUUAAGAGAAGUUUUUUAUGUUUCCUAAAAGUAUGUGCUCCCUUUUUGUUUUUGUAAAAACGCAACGUGACCCUGAUUUGUUAGCCUGACGUCGUCGGGAGAAAAAUAAAAACUUGUGAGAGUCGCUGAACAGCUGGAGGUAUAGAGAGACGAGAAUGUUAUUUUUAACACAAAACAGACACACGUGUGUUUUCACCUGUAACUUGAUCGAAAGCCCCACAAGGUGCAUCAAUUGACUGGUGGCCUUCUAUUAACGCAAGACUUGAAUUAGUCCCAUUUUUUAAGGCUUAAGAACCUUGAUUCUUUGUUGUAAUGUGCAAUACUGUUUGUACUGUUUGUAGAAAAGAAGAAAACAAGAAAAAAGAGGCAUAAAUCUUUAUUGCAGAAUUAUUUUCAUUGCAAGCAUUGUGAUUCACUAAAAUCAUUUUCUACUGUGUAUUUACCUACUCUACCUGCUAGUACCUUCCAGUAGUAAUGUAGCCUUUGUACUGAGAAAUUUUCAUUAUUUUUAGAAAGUUUUGCUAAAAAAGAAAAGAACUUAAACAUAUUUACAUUUUUAUUUUUUUCUUUACAGACUUAUUUCUCAACCAUUAAUAGUUAUUUCUGGGGGAGACUUUCAUAUCUGGUCAAUGUCAUUAAUAUUAUUUUGUAUUUUUACUUGGAAUAAAUUAAUUUUAUGAUGCUAAUUCUUUUUAAAAGUUUAUUUUUUUUUUUGGUUUGUUCACUUUUUUCAUUUUUUGAAGCUGAAAAAAAAAAAACCUUUGUAAUAUUGUUACUAAAGUGUCUCGAUUCUUGAAAAUGCUAAGCUUUAUGUGUUAACUCGCUGAUGUUGCUUACAUUAGUGUGAAAAAUGAUCUACGGAGAAAAAAAAAAUAACUAUUCACAAACAGCAGAUUGGUGGUUGGUGAUGUUUAAGUGAUUCGCAAUGUAAACAAAUGAAUGGGCAAUAAAAUAAAAAUGGCAGAAUGGAGCAUACAUGCAGUAUGUUGUGAUGUAAUUGUGGAAGAUGGACAACACCACUGACCAUUUACAUUGCUUCUGCUACUCCAAUACUCCAAUACUACUACUACUACUAUUACCACUAACUCUACAAUAACUCAUCCUCACUUUGUGCAGUGGAGAGCAACAUUUCCUCACAUGUGAAAUAUUCAACAGCCAUGUCACAUCCUCCUCUUUGUAGUAGGUUUGGUUCCUGCAGAGUGCACCAGUGUGAUUGUAUUUAAGUAUGAAUGUAAAUGUAGAGAUUCACUGUGUAAUAUGCAAAGUUUGGGAAGAGCAUGUAUAACUGUAGAAUCGUAAUUAAUCAUAGGAGAAAAUGGUCUUAAGUGUUUUUUGUUUUUUUUUCUUCCCCAAUUUUUGAUUUCUGUGCUAUAUUUUUUUCCUACAUUUCACCCUCCUGGUUUGCCUUAAAAAGAAUAGUUUGAUAUUUUUGGGACAUAUUCUCAUUUUGCCUUAUUGCCAAGAGUUAGACGAGAGGAUUGACACCACUGUCAACAUGUCUGUUCAAUAUAUACAGCCAGUAGACUGUUAGCUUAGGUGACAAAAUCAGUCUACCAGCACCAAAAUAAGAAGUUGUAUCUUGUUCAUUUUAAUCUAAUUAAAAACUGCAGUGUAAAAGCGACACAUUGCAUUGUUGGGGAGGUUAUGUGCCGGACUAUUUCUUGGCCGGGAGCAGUGACUUCCUGAAAUUUUGUCCUUCACAUAACCCAAUGUGUCGUUUUUACACUUUGGUUUUAUGAAUUUUAAGUUAUAAUGUGUGAAUUAGUGAGCUUUAGAGGUUGCUGGUAGAUUAUAGUAACCUUUUAACAGAGCCAGGCUGGCGGUUUCCAGUGUUUGUGCUAAGCUAAGUUAACCGGCCUUAGGCUCAAGCUUCAUAUUUACUGCACAGACAUGAGUGGUAUUGUUAUUUUCAUUUAACUCUCAGUAAGGCAGCGAAUAAGCGUAUUUCCCAAACAGUUUCUUUAAUUUAGACUGAAGUGUUUUGGACGUCCCUUUCUGUCUUCAUCCAAAAAGAGACUUCAGUGCUCAUGUGAGAAUGUUAUUUCUGGCUGGCCUUUUCUACCAGUUUAUACAGCUGAUGCUAAUACCAACCCCCACCUCAUGUCUUCUAACUAGUCCCACGUUUCUCUCUCUCUCUCUCUCUCCCAGGGCUCUGUAUUAUUCACCACCAUACCACCAAGUAUUUAUCCAUCUCCUGGCCUUUUUGUUUUUUUAGUUUCUCUUUCACUUAAAACAAUUUAUACCUGAACUAUAACACAAAAGUGUAUGUGCAAAUGAAAAAGAUCGUGAUGUGGAUGAUGGCAAACCAUUUUAUAUAUUCCUCUCUAUAGAUAUACGUAUGUAUUUCAUGUAACUAGACUUGGGUAGUACGCUGUAUAUUCACUUCUGCUUCAUGGGCGUUCUCUGGGUAGGUUAACACUGUCGGUCUCGUCAUGUUGUGAUCUCAAAAAUAGAUGAAAAAAAAAGUUUGGUAAUGUGCUUUUUUUUCACAAACAUCCCACUUCUUUUAAAAAUGUACAUUUUUUUUUUAUUAUUAUUUUUAAGGCAUAUGUGCUUUUAUUUUGUAGGUUUUUAUUUCCUGACUUGAACACUGGUUCUAUCUUGGCGAGGCUUUUGAGAUUGUUGACUUGGUCUGAACUUUUUGCAGUAUAACUGUGAUUUGAAAACAUGGAGCUCGAUGCUGCUAAUGCUUACUACUGCUUCAGAGUUUGUAGUUCCCACCUUAAUUUUUCCUUUUUCUGUACUAAUAAGCAAAUCUUAUUAAACGUAGUUGUAUGACGCUG